AUGGCUGGUGGGCGAAGAGGUCUGGUAGCCCCGCAGAAUACUUUCCUGGAAAAUAUCGUUAGACGAUCUAACGACACCAAUUUCGUCUUGGGCAAUGCCCAGAUUGUGGACUGGCCGAUUGUGUACAGCAAUGACGGAUUCUGCAAGAUGUCAGGUUACCACCGUGCCGAGGUCAUGCAGAAGAGCAGCACGUGCAGUUUCAUGUAUGGGGAGCUCACGGAGAAGGACACCUCGGAGAAGGUCCGGGAGACAUUUGAGAACUAUGAAACGAACUCCUUCGAGAUCCUGAUGUACAAGAAGAACAGGGUGCCGGUGUGGGUCUUUGUAAAGAUCGCCCCUAUUCGCAACGAACAGGAGAAAGUGGUUCUGUUCCUGUGUACCUUCAAUGACAUCACUGCCUUCAAGCAACCGAUUGAAGAUGAUUCAACGAAAGGUUGGGGCAAAUUUGCCCGUCUGACGAGAGCCUUGACGAGCAGUCGAGGAGUACUCCAGCAGCUCGCCCCGGCCGUCCAGAAAGGAGAGAAUGUCCACAAGCACUCACGCCUGGCAGAGGUGUUGCAGCUGGGUUCUGACAUCCUGCCCCAGUACAAGCAGGAGACGCCCAAGACGCCUCCCCACAUCAUCCUGCACUACUGCGCCUUCAAGACCACCUGGGACUGGGUCAUCCUCAUCCUCACCUUCUACACCGCCAUCAUGGUGCCCUACAACGUGUCCUUCAAGACGAAGCAGAACAACGUGGCCUGGCUGGUGCUGGACAGCAUUGUGGACGUGAUCUUCCUGGUGGACAUCGUGCUCAACUUCCACACCACCUUCGUGGGCCCGGGAGGAGAGGUGAUCUCCGACCCCAAGCUGAUACGCAUGAACUACGUCAAGACCUGGUUUGUCAUCGACCUGCUCUCCUGCCUGCCCUACGACGUCAUCAACGCCUUUGAGAAUGUAGACGAGGGUAUCAGCAGCCUGUUCAGCUCCCUGAAGGUGGUGCGUCUGCUGCGUCUGGGCCGCGUGGCGCGGAAGCUGGACCACUACAUUGAGUACGGGGCGGCCGUGCUGGUGCUGCUGGUGUGCGUGUUCGGCCUGGCCGCCCACUGGCUGGCCUGCAUCUGGUUCAGCAUCGGAGACUACGAGGUCAUCGACGAGGACGCCAACAUGGUGCGUACGGACAGCUGGCUGUACAUUCUGAGCGUUACCAUGGGCACGCCGUAUUGCUUCAACGCCACGGGCACGGGCAGGUGGGAGGGGGGCCCCCACAAGGACUCGGUCUACAUCACGUCCCUCUACUUCACCAUGACCAGCCUGACCAGCAUCGGCUUCGGGAACAUCGCGCCCACCACCGACGGCGAGAAGACCUUCGCUGUGGCCAUGAUGAUGAUCGGAUCUCUCCUGUACGCCACCAUCUUCGGGAACGUCACCAACAUCUUCCAGCAGAUGUACGCCAACACCAACCGCUACCACGAGAUGCUGAACAGCGUGCGGGACUUCCUGAAGCUCUACCAGGUGCCCAAGGGCCUGAGCGAGCGCGUCAUGGACUACAUCGUCUCCACAUGGUCCAUGUCCAGGGGCAUAGACACCGACAAGGUGCUUCAGAUUUGUCCUAAAGACAUGCGUGCAGACAUCUGUGUCCACCUGAACCGAAAAGUCUUCAAAGAGCAUCCUGCCUUCAGGCUGGCGAGCGACGGCUGUCUCCGUGCCUUGGCUAUGGAGUUCCAGACCAUCCACUGCGCCCCUGGCGACCUCAUCUUCCACGCAGGGGAGAGCGUGGACAGCCUCUGCUUCGUGGUGUCCGGGUCGCUGGAGGUCAUCCAAGAUGACGAGGUGGUGGCCAUCUUGGGGAAAGGUGAUGUGUUUGGCGAUGUGUUCUGGAAGGAGCUGACCCUGGCGCAGUCCUGUGCCAACGUGCGGGCCCUGACCUACUGUGACCUUCAUGUCAUCAAGCGCGACGCCCUGCAGAAGGUUCUAGAGUUCUACACGGCUUUCUCAACCCACUUCGCACGCAACCUUCACCUGACCUACAACCUGCGGAAAAGAAUUGUUUUCCGAAAAAUCAGCGACGUGAAGCGAGAGGAAGAGGAGAGGCUAAGGCGAAAGGACGAGGCCCCGCUCAACUUCCCCCCGGACCACCCGGUGAGACGUCUCUUCCAGCGCUUCCGGCAGCAGCGGGAGGCCAGGCUAGCCGCUGAGAGGGCCAGGCAGCAGGCCCUGAUGAUGGAGAGCAAAGACAUCGAGAAGGGCUCCUUGAACAACCACCACACCGACCAGGCCACACUGGUGUGUGAAGUCAUCCCAGCUGGCACCACCAUCAUCACAGUCACGGAGAGCACCGACGACGACGGUGACAUCUCGACCCCCAUUACAUCAUCCACAGCCUGCCUCUCCUCUUCCUCCACAGCCGUUAACGCCAACGCCACCAUCACCACCUCCCCCGCCGCCACCGCCACCACCACCACCAGGACCACCGGUCGUGCCAAACUCGACGCGCCCUGCGGAACGCCAGAUGGCGUGAAGUCAGCGGAGCUGCCAAAGGGCAGAGGAGGGUGGGGCCGUUUCAAAGAGACGCCGGGGAAGCGCAGCAGCGACACGCCCCUCCCCCACCCGCAACACCACGCCUGGUUCGCCGUCGCCGUCGCCAAGGCCGAGUCCCUGGAGACGCUGCCGGACAGGACCAAGUCGCAGCAGCACCACCAGGACGAGGUCACGCUGCUGAAGAAGACCGACUCCUGCGACAGCGGCAUCACCAAGAGCGACCUCCGCUUGGACAGCGUCGGGGAAGUGUCGGUGACUCAGACGCCUCAGGAGCGCAGCCCCGUGCAGACAUCCACGCCCUCAGUAGCACCCCAGUCGCCGCAGCCGGACGUUCAGGCAGCUCUGCAGGAGCUAAAGCAAGAGCUGCGGGGCGAGAUGAGAGCCCUCGGCGGCCGCAUCACCACGCUGGAGGGACAGCUGGCCGAGAUGCUGAGACUCCUGCGCCUCAGGACCCAUGUGGCCUCCCCGGAAUCCUUAUCGUCAUUAUCGUCACCGCCAGCCGUGGGUGAGGAGGCGCAGGAGGAGGAGCUGGGGGAGGAGGCGCUGGGGGAGGAGGAGGAGGAGGAGGAUAGUGGGGGUGGCGACGAUGCACCUUCAUGA